AUUUCCAAUAGUCUCUAUAUAAGCAUUUUCCUUCUUCACAAAAACAGCAAGUUCGUGGGUUCUCAGUUUGGUACUUUCAGUGUAUAAUUUAGACAUAGAUACUGGUUAUUAAGUGUCUCUGGAGCUUAAAUGAGUCAGCGUGUUAGUGACGAGGUUGUGGCAAAAGCCAUGGGGGAAAUAAGAAGCGGGUCUUCUUCACUUCGACAUGGAGAUCAUACCUUGCCACAUAUUCAUAAGGUUGGAGCUCCUCCUAAGCAGACACUUUUCCAAGAGAUCAAACAUUCUGUCACUGAAACUUUCUUCUCAGACAACCCCUUAAGAAAAUUUAAGGAUCAAACAGGAUCAAGAAAGUUUGUUCUAGGCCUGCAAUCAAUCUUCCCCAUUCUUGAUUGGGGAAGAAGUUAUGAUCUUAAAAAAUUCAGGGGUGAUUUGAUUUCUGGACUUACCAUUGCAAGUCUUUGUAUUCCUCAGGACAUUGCAUACGCAAAGCUUGCAAAUUUGGACCCCCAGUAUGGACUAUACACUAGCUUUGUGGCUCCUCUUGUGUAUGCUUUUAUGGGAAGCUCAAGAGAUAUAGCAAUAGGACCCGUAGCUGUGGUGUCCCUCUUGCUUGGGACUACCCUUGGCGAUGAGAUUAGUAACUACAAGAGUCCUGAUUACCUGCGUCUUGCAUUUACUGCAACUUUCUUUGCAGGAAUAACUCAAAUGGCACUUGGAGUUUUCAGGCUUGGUUUCUUGAUUGAUUUCCUAUCUCAUGCUGCCAUUGUGGGAUUUAUGGCUGGAGCUGCCGUUACUAUUGCACUGCAACAGCUUAAAGGUUUGCUUGGCAUACAGAACUUCACUAAGAAAACUGAUAUUGUUUCUGUCAUGCGCUCAGUUUGGGGUUCAGUGCACCAUGGGUGGAAUUGGGAGACAAUAGUCAUUGGAGUGUCAUUCUUGGUCUUUCUUCUUAUAACCAAGUAUAUUGCUAAAAAGAAUAAGAAAUUCUUUUGGGUAGCUGCAAUUGCUCCUAUGAUCUCUGUCAUAGUGUCCACCUUUUGUGUGUUCAUUACCAGGGCCGACAAGAAAGGUGUAUCAAUUGUGCGACAUAUUAAAAAAGGUGUGAAUCCAUCAUCUGCCAGUGAAAUUUUUUUCAGUGGAAAAUAUCUUGGCCCUGGUGUUCGUAUUGGUGUGAUUGCUGGUAUGAUAGCACUCACGGAAGCUGUAGCAAUUGGGAGAACAUUUGCAGCCAUGAAAGACUAUUCAUUGGAUGGUAACCAAGAAAUGGUGGCAAUGGGAACAAUGAACAUUAUUGGCUCCCUUACAUCUUGUUAUGUGGCAACAGGAUCUUUUUCUCGCUCAGCAGUAAACUAUAUGGCUGGUUGUAAAACUGCUGUAUCAAACAUCAUUAUGUCCAUUGUUGUAUUAUUAACUCUGCUACUCAUCACACCGCUAUUUAAGUACACACCAAAUGCAGUGCUUGCUUCUAUUAUUAUAGCUGCCGUGAUGAACCUCGUUAACAUUGAAGCAAUGGUUCUGCUGUGGAAGAUUGACAAAUUCGAUUUUGUAGCAUGCAUGGGAGCCUUCUUUGGUGUGAUCUUCAAAAGUGUUGAGAUUGGCCUUCUAAUUGCGGUGGCAAUAUCUUUUGCUAAAAUCCUUUUACAAGUAACUAGGCCAAGGACUGCAGCACUUGGAAAGCUUCCAGGGACUAGUGUUUACAGGAAUAUCCAGCAAUACCCCAAAGCAACCCAGAUUCCUGGCAUGCUGAUUAUCAGGGUUGACUCUGCAAUCUACUUCUCAAACUCCAACUACAUCAAGGACAGAAUUUUGAGAUGGCUGACUGAUGAAGAUGCACAAAGGACAGAAAGUGGAUUAACAAGAAUACAGUAUCUCACUGUUGAAAUGUCACCUGUUACCGAUAUUGACACUAGUGGCAUCCAUGCCUUUGAAGAUUUAUAUAAGAGCCUUCAGAAAAGAGAAGUCAAGCUUGUCUUGGCAAACCCGGGGCCAAUUGUAAUGGAGAAGCUCCACGCAUCCAAGUUAGCAGACUUAAUUGGGGAAGAUAAAAUCUUUCUAUCUGUGGCUGAUGCUGUUGCAACUUUUAGUACUCCUAAGGGUGAAGUAUGAAAAAAUAAAUAAAUAGCUGUUUCAAUUUAAAUACCAGUAAAGGGUGGAAGCUGUUCAGGGAGCUCAUAGGAAAGCUAAUGAGCCAAGGGUCAUGUAGAUUUGUUUGAUUCUGUUCGAUUUAUGGUCUCGAUGUAUAAAAACAA